GUUCAUGACCACGAACACACUGUAAACCCAACGAUGCCCAGGGUCACAAGAUGUCAAGAUGUCGUCGCAUAUCGUAUACAGUAAUGUGAACCGCGGCAAAGAUGUUACCGAUGCCGAUGACCACGAGGACAACAACAACAACAACAACAACGAGAGCCUCACUUUGUUCGCCGGCCAAAAACUAUGGUUCUCGCACUCGGUUCCUCAACGCAAGUGGCUCAUCGAGAACGCCCGAGCCAACGGUGCCGUUAUCGUCAACGUAGACACCAAUGCAGAUAUCAAACUUGUCGACCAUACUCGAAAAAAUCAGCCCGUCGGAGCGUAUUCCUAUCGAUAUGUCGAGUUGUCCAUUAGGCGUGGACAGCUGGAAAAUCUUGCAGAUCAUGCUGUCGGAGUUGCCACAAGAGUCGCGAGACCAGUCGGGAGCACUACCACCGCUCCUAAAGGUUCGAGAGUGCCCUACACGGAAGAAGACGAUCAGUUUUUGUGGAAUUGGAUGAAGCCUUUUGAGGAUAGUGGAGGAGCAUACAAGGGAAACGAAAUCUACAAACAAAUUGAGCAGGUCAAUCCACGUCACACCUACCAGAGUUGGCGAGAUAGAUGGUUGAAGGCCACCCGAUUUCAGAAGAGACAGGUGACGAAGCGCGCAGAGCCAGAGCAGCAAGAAAGAUAUUCUCUCCCAGAAGAAGAACCUCGACCAGCCCUGAUUCUACCUGACAGCCCCGGACACAGACCAGAGCCAGAUCGCUCAACCAGGACUGCAUUGCUACCUAGGAAGAGAAAGCUGGUAACGGUCCAAGACGACGCGGCCUCUGAAGAGCAGCCUCGACAAUCAUCCGAGGCUCCAAGAAGACUCGCGAGCCCUGAACUGCAUACCACUGCCAUCUCGAUUGGCCGCGCACGGCCAUCAUCGAACCGGGAUGACGCAGCGGCCCAAAACGACGUGUUGGACAACGAACAGUCCCAGAGAAGCGGGCGCAACGGGAGUACUCAGGAUCAUCUUGAAGACGAGGAACUCCACACGGAAAACGAGAAGCGAUUUUUGGAUGAUAUUCGAGGUCCAUUUUCCAAAGCAGACUCUCUUCCGCUUUACAGAUUGGUCCCGAAAUUGAGUCAUAUGGGUCUCGAGGAAUUCGAUGAUGUAUGGAGACAAAUGGUAUCGUCAGAAGAUUAUAAGCACCAUACCGCCAAACAGUGGAAACAUUGGUUCGAGUAUCGCGUUUUGCCAGACUACUGCAGGAUAGAGCAAGUGGCGAUGGAUCAAAUCGCACCCUACAUGUCCAUACAGGAGGAGAACACCUCAUCUGGCGGUGAUAAUGACGAUAACGAUGGCGAAGAUGAUCAGCCCGCUGACGGCGACGCGGGCAUGAACAAGUACCAGGACCAGGACUCGGAUGAAGACCCAAGCAGGUGCGCCAACUGCUACACGAUGGACGCGCGGAAAUGGCAUCGCGACACGAAGGGACGACUUUUGUGCAACCCAUGUGCGGUCUUUUUGAGGACCCAUGGAGUUCCAAGACCUUCAACCAUGGGCCUGGUGAACCAGAAUGCCCCGGAGGAUGAUCGAACCCCAGAUCCGUCUGGCCUGCAGACGCCCUCCCGUACUUCUCCUCAAAAACUUUCAAUUACCCCUAUUGUCGCCUCUAUCAAAGUAUCUCCGAAAAUCUUCCCUGCGGACGUGAGCAAUUUUGCAGGCGAUGAAUCGAAAACCCUGCGACUACAACGCGACAUGAGAUCUCCUUCUUUUCAGCCAGAGUCUCCAACAUUGAUCAGAGCUCCAGGACCAAACGAGGCCAGGAAACGAAGCACGGGACCUGGCCGCGGCUCCCAGUCACAAUCCACCCAGAGCACCAAUGGAACUAGCAACCAAAGCAAUACCCAAUCCUUUUCGCAGAUUCAUGGACUGUCAAUUGACGAAACCCAACAGGAGAAGGUUCAGACAAAUUCUGAGGAGCAUACGAGAAGAAAGGACGGAAGGCCAACAAAUACUGCGCCCUCGUUCAGCUUUAUAACCUCCAGUAACCGUGACAGACCACGCCUGCAUGAUGGACCGGACAAUCUCGAUAUUCAGCAGAACUCCUCCCUCAGCACGGACAGAGGUCCUCCUCGUGACCCACCGGUGGUUCACAGCUCUACAGAGACAGAUGUGAUAUUGAAUUCUCCCCCUUUGCCGCCUCGGAGUAAUUCACGGGAUUCACCCUUGCCACUUCCUGAGGGCUUCUCGCGUCUAUUCGUGGCACAAGAUGACAAUGGCGACGAGGAACUAGAAGUAAUGGGAGGACUUAGUACGCUUCGAGAAGAGGAGGAAGCUAUAUCAGAGGGUGGGAACGAUGAUGGCAUGACGAGUCCUCUGAGGGUCAGCCUGAUUGGCGAUGAAGAACAAUUUUCGCCCACCAAGAGUGAACCCUAUCACGAGGUUCGAGAAGAAUCUGAUGACGAGAUGGAAAGGUCGAGUCCCUACGGCGCGCCAGGUCACGAAGAUUCACAAAGGGACGCUUUGGGUUCGUACCAUACGGGUCGAGACACGAUGGAAGAAUAUGAAACAGCGCCGGAGCAACCACGAAAGCGUAAGAAGCCGAGUCGGCGACUCUCCACACCGGCGCUAUUCGGCCAGACGGACAUUGACGAGGACGUGUCUGCGUAUCUCGAGGUGGUCGAGCCCGAAGGUGGUUGGGACAGCAUUCUAGGUCCCGACCCCGCAGCAGAUGUCGGUGGCGGUGGUGCUGCUGAUGAAGCAUCCACCGGCGGUACUGAACUACUUGACGACGACGAUGAUGGUGGUGGUGGUGGUGGCGCUGCUUAUCGGCGAGAUCUCGAAAACGACGUCCGCCCUGGCGAAUUUCUGAUCGAUACGUGGUGCAGACGUCAGAAGGGGCGAAUCCCCAACGUCCCUGAUGCGUUUCUGCUCCAAGCGGCGCACUGCACGACCCAAGAAUACGGGCCCAAAACCGAACAGAUGGUCGAAUACUUCCUCGAUCGGUGGCGGCGGAAGAGGCAGCGCGUUUCGGCGGAUCGGUUUGGGAGGCGACGCCCUUCCAAGACUGACCUCGAGCCACCCUCGAACGUGCCGGGUGUAUGGACCGAUGGAGACGACGAGUCGCUCAAGUCCGCCGACGCCGGUCAGAGGCGACGAGUCGUGGACAAGCACGGCCAGGAUGCCUGUGCGAGACGCCUACGGUAUCUCAAGGAAUUCGAAGUCUGAAGGGGAAGCGUGGCGGACCUCUAGAGGUGUUGGCGGCGCAAAUCCUGGAGAGAAAACGUGGCUCGCCGAUCGUGGAGAAAAUGUUCAUGUGCACAGGGUACUUUGCCUGGCCGACAUGGCGGAGAAAAGGGCGACGCUCAUCGAUGUGGGCUUCGAGAUUCAUUCAAGGUUUGGCAUCCGUCCCACCGUCACGACACUCGAGAAGUUUCUUUCCAAAGGAGGAAGGGGAGGGGGUGGAAAGGAAAGGAAAGACAUGACGAUAUGACGGAUGAUAUCACGGAUUCUUUUCUUCUUGGUUUGGGGUUCAUUCGAGGACUUGUAUGGUGAAAAAGAUACCCCGAGUAGUUUGUCCCUCAGGAGGUACACGGAGUAUAUACUCGGUUACACUUCUCCAAUAAGAUGGCGCAUGAACGCGAGAAAAUGGCGACAUGGACUUUUGUACUCCUACCACUUCAGCCAGGCCUUUCUAAACCAACCUGUGAAAGGAUAUAAAGAGUAUCAAUUACAGUCCUUCCGACGAAGAGCAUCGAGUUGCAGUUUUGGAUUCCCAGAUGCGCUGCGGUGUGCGUGAUUCGGAUCAUUCUUGAAUUUCAUCUUAUCUUCAUCUCGUCUUUCUCUUUAUCAUUACGGAGAGUAUAAGACCCCUCGAGGGAGUCUGGCUCUAGUGUGGUCUGGCAUUUUAUCUACCCGAGGCACACUCUUGCUGGACGAGAUCUGCUGCUUUCUCGAUUUUGUUGCAGUCAGAGGUUCCAAGCUCGAGCAGUUUCUCCUGGCCAGAGAUAUGCCUGCCCGAGGAGAAUCAGCAUCAGGGGGCUCGAGUUAUCGACAAUCCAGAGCACUCUAACCCCAGCAGCCGCGGGUCUUGCGGCCCCUGAAGAACCGCUUGUCGAAAAGGAGACCUUUUCCCAGCCACAGUCUCUGUUCAUGGGCGCAUGUUGGAAGAAGAUUGAUCUCCAAGCCCUCCGAUGUUAAUCAACGUCGCGCACACGUCUCAAUGGGGACUGAAGAUCCACCAUCACUGCCUGCCUGCCUGCCUCCCUUCCUUCCUUUUUGUACGACCCCAGCGCCAUGCGUAACAAACCUACUUUGCCCAAAAAUAUCAGAGGAGCAGCAGCAGCACCAGCCCAAAAGUCAAUAAGAAAUAUCAUAGAAACCUUUCCUUCACCCUUGUUCGC